AAUAAAAAAAAAGAAAAAAAUAAAAUAGUCGAGCAGCAAAAUGCCAUCUACUUAAGCCUCCAUGAUUCCUUUCAUUACCCAAACGACGACGACGACGACUAGGACGAGAACAAGGCAAAACAAAGAAAACGACACACUCUUUUCCCUCUCUCUUUCUCUCUCUCCCCCAGGUUGAUCACUGUACAGCGUUCGCUUCAUGUGAUAGGAAAUUGAAUUGGGUAUGGCGCUUGUAGGGCAGCAAGGGGAAGUGUGCGUGUCAAGGUCGCUGCAGGUAUGGAGAGGGCUAGUGAAUUUGUUAGGGUUUUUGUUGCAGUUGGUUCUUCAGAUCCUCAGAGGUACGCCUUCCACGGCUCAGAUGCUACUCUCGUAUGUUGGCUUUAGAUACCCAAUUCCUUCUUCUUCUUCCUCUUCUUCUUCUUCCUCUUCUCCUUCUUUCAAGCCUUUGCCCGUCGUUGAAAUUCCUUUGCAAGAGACAUCGAUCGCACCACAGCAAACUAGCGUCCCCACUGAGGUCAGCAAAGCCGAUUCUGGCUAUCACCGCAUGGAAAAGCUCACUGUGGUACUUGACUUGGAUGAAACGCUAGUUUCUGCAUGUGAAACAUCUAGCUUGCCUACCAGUAUUCGUAAUCUAGCAAUAGAAGCUGGUUUGAAGUGGUUCGAGUUAGAAUGUUUCUCUCCAGACAAGGAAUGUGAAGGAAAAACAAAGAUCAAUUAUGUGACAGUGUUCGAACGACCUGGCUUGCAUGAGUUCUUAAAACAGAUUAGUGAAUUUGCAGAUCUUGUUUUGUUUACUGCUGGUCUUGAAGGUUAUGCUGGGCCGCUUGUUGACAGGAUAGAUGUGGAGAAACGAUUCAGCCUACGUCUUUAUCGGCCUUCAACUGUCAGCACGGCAUAUAGAGAACAUGUGAAAGAUCUGUCCUGUUUAUCCAAAGAUCUCUGUCAAAUUGUAAUAGUUGAUAAUAACCCAUUCAGUUUCUUGUUGCAACCGUUGAAUGGAAUACCAUGCAUUCCUUUUUCUGCUGGACAGCCAUAUGAUAAUCAGCUUUUGGACGUCGUCCUUCCACUCCUCAAGCAUCUGUCCCUUCAAAAGGAUGUUAGGCCUGUACUUUAUGAGAGGUUCCACAUGCCUGAAUGGUUUCAAACGCAUGGAAUUCCUGCUGCUUGUUGACACUAAAAUUAACUAAGUUUGGUUGGAACAGCUGUGAUUCUUGUCUGGGCGAUGCAGAAGAUACCUGUUUCCAUUGUAACAUUUUGCCACCAGAUACUGCCAUUUCUUGUAUAAUGUCAUUCUUAUGGUUAUGAACAGGUGCAGUAAAAGAGGUAUACUUGCUAAAGACACCUUCUGGAUAGUUACAUCUUUUGUUGUAGUUGCUAAGCAGGUUUAUGAUGAUAUUAGUUGACUCCAAUUCUUUUGUAAUUAGGUGUACUGCCACCAGUGUUGAUGAAUUUGAAGGUUUUUUUUUUUUUUUUUAAUCAUA